GCGGGCUUUAGAAACGCAUCACAGAUGCUCGCGGCGGUGGCUCGUGCACUUCUUUAAUAAUACAGGCUAUGCACGCGAGUUAGCAAGUUUUUAGGGACUCUUUGUCGCAUUAUUGUAGAAGCGAGAUGGCAGAAUUCAGCCCGAAGCGUCCAGCUGAAGGUGGACCUCCUCCCUUUCCUCCCCCGAAGAACAAUAAACGCUCUUCGGCUAAAAAGGCCUCCGACAAAGAGCGAGACAAGAGCCGGAUCAACGUCGGGCCGGCGUUCCCCAGAUGGAGAGCACUGCGAGCGGCCAAAGGGCUCCAGCUGGACUCGGAGCUGGCCUUUCUUCUGCUCGACGCCUAUGAGAGGGGCUCUUUGGUUUCAGCACCGAGUCGCCGGGCAGUUCUUCCUCCUGCAGUUUCAGCUGCUCGUCUUUCUCCUAGUAUCCUCGAGGGACAGACGGACUUUGACGAGGAUCAAGUCAACUCUCUGGAACAUUGUGUGAUCGAGUGCGAGAGUGUUUCAGGAGAAACGGGGCAGCAGAGAGAGCACAGCUCUGACGAGGACCGUGCCCCCCCACUUCAUAUACGUUUGGGAUCCGCUCUGGACAAAAGGCCACAGCUGGACAACCUGCCCGUCAUCGCAGCUGGCGAGAUGGUCCACGACCUUCCCGCGGAUCUCGGCCCCCCUGCGGAGAAGACUGCGGUUCCUACCGAGCCGCACGCGGUGAUGAGAGAAGAAGACAUUGUCGGCUCCCGCGCCGCCAUCGUCUACGAGGAGAGUCUACGUCAGCUGACCGCGCUGCUCCACCUGCCUGUGACACGCUGUCGACACAGGAUGUCCUCCGGGCUGCUGUGCCUCGGCCUCCCCCCCUUUCAGAGCAGGGUUCACCAGCGGCGUACGGCCUUUGUGGUAGAAUGGGUGUGCCCUCACGGUCAUGUGGUGUGGAGCUGGACCUCGCAGCCGAGCCUGAAUUUUGGGAUGUUGGCCGGUGACUUCCUGCUGGGGACGAACAUCCUGCUGAGCGGCAGCGACUACGCUAAAGUCGCCCUGCUGCUCCGCUUCAUGAACAUGGGAGUCCUGAGUCCGGGCAGCUUCUCCAGGAUCCAGGACCGCUACUGCGUGGACGCGGUGCGGGACUUCUGGGUGGAGAGGAGCGCGGAGGCCGUUCAGCGCCUGCAGGGAAACCACGUGGUUGUUUUAGGAUCCGGGAGCCACGACUCGGCAG